AUGUCUACAGUCACACCCACAACUUACGCGCAGAACGAACGCGUUCUCUGCUACCAUGGUCCACUCAUGUACGAGGCCAAAGUCCUCAAGGCAGAGGUCCUCGAGACCGGCAACGCGAAGACGGGGAGCGGGGGCAUCCAUUAUUUUGUGCAUUAUAAGGGUUGGAAGCAGACCUGGGAUGAAUGGGUCCCACCUACCCGUCUCCUUAAGUAUAACGAACAAAACAUCCAACUUCAAAAGCAGCUGACUCAAGCCCAAAAUGCGGCUUCUGCUUCGUCCUCGGCCGCAAACCACAAAUCUUCAGCUUCGGCCUCAGCUUCAGCGCGUCCAGGUGGCAGCAGUCGCCGGAAGGACGGCGCUGGUAGGGGCACGAAGAGAGGGAGGGAGGAUGAAGAUGCUGGAAAGAGGCCAGAGUUGAAGUUGGCGGUGCCGGAGGCGUUGAAAGUUAUGCUUGUGGACGACUGGGAAGCAGUCACGAAGAACAUGCAGCUUGUGACUCUGCCACGAUCACCGACGGUACACGAACUUCUGCAAGAAUUUCAAGCACAUGUUUUUGCGAACCCAUCACCAAAUCUUCGCGACCCAAAAAUUGUUCUCCCCACCAUUCUUGCAGGCCUUCAAGUGUACUUCGAUCGCGCCGUGGGCGCCAACCUUCUCUACCGUUUUGAACGUGCCCAGUAUGCUGAGAUUCGAAGACGAUAUGUGACUGGCCCGACAGUGCAGGUGGGGCAGGAGAAGGAGAUGAGCCAUGUAUAUGGAGCAGAGCAUCUACUGAGGAUGAUAGUGAGUUUGCCAUCGAUGAUAGCGUUGACGACUAUGGAUCCGGAGAGCAUCGGUUACGUGAGGGAUUAUGUCGGGGAACUUAUGACCUGGAUGCUUCAAGAGCGACACCGGAUAUUUCAGCAGGAGUACGAGUCCGCUUCGUUGCAAUACCAGAGCGUCUCGCGCAGCUGA